CAUAAAUUUUUAAAAUUUGUAAAAUUCAAUAAACAUAAAUAUUUACGAAAAUUUCAGUAUGAAUAUUAUUUAACAAUAAAAAUGCCUAUUUGUUACUUCGUUUUGAUUUUUCUAUGAUAAAUUAAUUUAAAAAUUCAUUUAAAUUAUGCGUGAAAUCAUCCAUCUUCAACUUGGUCAGUGUGGCAAUACAAUAGGUUGUAAGUUCUGGGAGGUUAUAACGAAUGAACAUGGCAUCAACAGUGAUGGGAAUUGGCAAGGAGAAUCAGAGCUUCAAAAACAGCGUUUGAAUAUUUACUUUAAUGAAACUGAUCAUAAUACUUAUGUUCCAAGAGCAAUUCUCGUUGACUUGGAUCCAUCAGGAACAAGUUCAGUUAUAUCAAGUCAACUAGGUGGACUUUUUAGACCCGAUAAUAUAAUUUCUGGUAAAGCUGCAGCAGGAAAUAAUUGGGCAAAAGGUUUUUAUUAUGAAGGAGUAGAAGUGAUGGAUCAAAUUUUGGAGAUAAUUCGUCGAGAAGUUGAAUAUUGUGAUUUGAUUCAGGGUUUUCAGAUUACACACUCAUUAGGAGGUGGAACUGGGUCAGGAUUGACAAGCAAACUUCUUGCCAAUAUACGUGAUGAGUAUACCAAUCGAAUCAUAGCAACAUACUCAGUUUUCCCAUCAUCAAAAACUUCAGACACAGUUGUUGAACCUUACAAUACAACUUUAGCUUUUCAAUAUCUUACUAAUUUCGUUGACAAUGCCUCUCUUAUCGACAAUGAAGCUCUACAUGAUAUAUGUUCAUACACUUUACAAAUUUUAGAUCCGUCAUAUGACGAUAUGAAUUAUUUAAUAUCUCUCUGUAUGGCUGGCACGACGGCAUGUUUACGAUUUCCUGGCCAACUAAAUGCUGACUUAAGGAAGCUUCAUAUAAAUAUGGUGCCUUUUCCAAAACUACAUUUCUUUGUACCAGGAUUCGCUCCGCUAAUGUCGAAACUCGUAGAACCAUAUCGGAAAGUUAUGAUUAGAGAUUUAGUUUAUCAAAUGUUCAAUCCUAAAUUAUCAUUUGUUCGAUGUAAUCCAUCGAAAGGACGAUUUUUAACAGUUGCCGCAGUUUUUAGAGGAAAAAUAUCUACUAAAGAAGUAGAGGAAAAGAUGUGGAAUAUUCAAAAUAAAAAGAAAAACUACUUCGUAGAUUGGAUACCGAACUGCAUUAAAACAGCUAUUUGUGAUAUCGUUCCUCCAGGUUUCAAAAUGACUGUUACAACAAUGUCAAAUACGACAGCUAUCCAAGAACCCCUCAAACGAAUUGUUAAUGAAUGUAGUGCAAUGUUUGAAAGGAAAGCUUACAUUCAUUGGUAUACUAGUGAAGGAAUGGAAGAAAGCGAACUUGAGGAUGCUCAGAAUAGUUUAUACGAAUUAAUUUCUGAAUACCAACAACAAGAAACAGGAAAUAACAGAACUAUUUUAGAGAAUAUAGAUGAGAAGGAACAUGACAGUAACAUAAAUGAUAAUAAUCGAAACAAAAUUGAAGAAUAAAAAAAUCUUAUUUUGACAGAAAAGAAUCAUUUUUAUUGAAAACAGAAAAAAAAUUUAUUUCUGAUAUUUUUUUAAUACAUAAAAUUAUUAAUUCUGCCAUUUGAUGAAAAAAAACAUUUUCAAUUUGAAUAAACAAUAAAAUUAUAUUUCAUUAUUAUUGACUCAUUCAUACAGUGAAAAGAGCGUAGA